GCAUUGUGGGAAGGGCGGCCGGUGCAGCCGCAGCUGCCAUCUUAGCGACUCCUUGCCUUGCGGCCUGCUAGUAGCAGGCGGCAUUACGGCGGCUGUAGAGCUCGGGAACAGGCGCAAAGUCACCUGGUCGACAGCUUACCUUCCACCAGCCUCGACAGGACCGCCAGCUCGCGUCUGAAGGCGGAGGCGAGAGGAGCCGGGCGCGUGAGGGGGCUGAGGCCAGCGGUUAGUCAGAGCGUCUCCCGGAAGGAUGGGCCGGUCCCGGAGCCGGAGCUCGUCCCGCUCCAAGCACACCAAGAGCAGCAAGCACAACAAGAAGCGCAGCCGGUCGCGGUCGCGGUCCCGAGACAAGGAGCGCGUGCGGAAGCGUUCCAAAUCCCGGGAAAGUAAACGGAACCGGCGGCGGGAGUCGCGGUCCCGCUCGCGCUCCACCAACACGGCCGUGUCCCGGCGCGAGCGGGACCGGGAGCGCGCCUCGUCCCCGCCCGACCGCAUCGACAUUUUCGGGCGCACGGUGAGCAAGCGCAGCAGCCUGGACGAGAAGCAGAAGCGGGAGGAGGAGGAGAAGAAAGCGGAGUUCGAGCGGCAGCGAAAAAUUCGGCAGCAAGAAAUAGAAGAAAAACUCAUCGAGGAAGAAACAGCACGAAGAGUAGAAGAAUUGGUGGCAAAAAGGGUAGAGGAAGAAUUGGAGAAAAGGAAGGAUGAAAUUGAGCGAGAAGUUCUCCGGAGGGUGGAGGAAGCCAAGCGCAUCAUGGAAAAGCAGUUGCUCGAAGAACUCGAGCGACAGAGACAAGCUGAGCUUGCAGCACAAAAAGCUAGAGAGGAGGAAGAACGUGCAAAACGUGAGGAGCUAGAACGAAUACUAGAAGAGAAUAACCGAAAAAUUGCAGAAGCACAAGCCAAGCUGGCUGAAGAACAGUUGAGAAUUGUUGAAGAACAAAGAAAGAUUCAUGAGGAAAGGAUGAAACUAGAGCAAGAGCGACAGCGUCAACAAAAAGAAGAACAAAAAAUUAUCUUGGGCAAGGGAAAGUCCAGGCCUAAACUGUCCUUCUCAUUAAAAACCCAGGAUUAAAUGCAAACUCUGAACUUUUUACCAAGAAAAAUGGAAAAACUUUGUAUGGUAGCUUCAUGUUGAAGUGGUUUUUUGUUUUGUUUCUUUUUUUUUUUUUUAAAUUUGUAAAAUCUGGAAAGUUAGCUUGUUCUAAUAGGGGCUAUGCUCUGCAAUUCCUUUUUUUUUUUUCCCUUCCAUUAAGUCAAAUCCUUAUCAGAUCAUUGUUGUCUUCUAAAAAGUGAUAUAUUUUUCACCUGUUUGGAUUCUGUAUUUGUGGUCUGAAAAAGAGCAGAUCACUUAGUAAACUAUGGAUGGUCUGAUAAGGUUUUUACUGACCCAUUGACUUCAGAGUUAUACUCUGUUUAUUACAUCAUAAUGCUGGUUUUGCUUUUUGUUUUUUUAUAUAUUUAUAAAAAAAGGAAAAGUUGGUGAUUGCAUUGGAAAAUUCCCAGGGUAUUACUGGACCUAUGUGGUAUAUUGUUAAACCAGUGUCCUUGUGAUACUGUUGCUCUUGAUGUUCCUGAUACAGGUAAGGAAACCGUUGGUCAACUCUGAUACAAAAUAUAUAUAUACAGUUCAGUAUUGUCUCUGUUCAGUUUGUUUUAUUUCAUUGACAAAAUCAAGCCAGCAUUCCCCAUUGUGUAAAUAAAUGAUUUUGCUGAAUAAAGUCAAGUCUUAAAUUCA